CACUCAGCUCGGCUCCUCUCUGCAGAUCCACCGACCCUCCCGGAGAAAUGAACCCGUCCUGCUCCGCUCUGAUGUGAGCCUGUUUGAACCCCCACGGACUCUCAAACACCCACACACAAGGACAGAAGACCCUCCGUGGUCUCCUGUUUACACUCCUCCUCAGCUCGGUGUCGGACGGUCCCAUCAGCUCGGACCAUGGCGGAGAGAAGUGGCCGGCUCAGUUUCCCCGGGAGCGGGGCUCUGAACAGACCCGUGCCCAUGAACCUGUUUGCUACCUGGGAGAUAGACGGAUCCUCCCCGAACUGCAUCCCCAGGUUGUGCAGUUUGACCCUGAAGAAGCUGGUUGUGAUGAGAGAACUCGAUAAGGAGCUGAUCUCUGUGGUCAUCGCUGUGAAAAUCCAGGGCUCGAAGCGGAUCCUGAGGUCCCAUGAGAUUGUGCUGCCACCCAGUGGGUCCGUGGAGACCGACCUGGCUCUCACCUUUUCUCUGCAGUACCCUCACUUCUUAAAACGAGAGGGAAACAAGCUGCAGAUCAUGCUGCAGAGGAGGAAGAGGUACAAGAACCGAACCAUCCUGGGCUACAAGACUCUGGCUGUGGGAUCUAUCGACAUGGCCGAGGUGAUGCAGCACCCGACGGAGGGCGGCCAGGUUCUUCCUCUCUGCAGUAACCAGAAGGACAUGCUCGGGAAGGUGGCCGAGAUCUGGAUCUUCUCCUUGUCCAGUCAGCCCAUCGACCACGAGGACGCAGCUCUGCAGGGGGGACAGAAGAUCAAGUGUUCUGAUAACUACUCGGAGGAGGAAUAUGAAUCCUUCUCCUCAGAGCAGGAAGCCAGCGACGACGCUGUGCAGGGUCAGGAUCUGGAGGAUGACGAGUACGAUGUGAGGAAGCCAAAGAAGCAGAGGAGGUCGAUUGUACGGACCCCCUCCAUCACCAGACAGCAGAACUUUAAGCAGCGAGUCGUGGCUCUUCUGAAGCGCUUCAGAGUGUCAGAUGAGGUUCUGGACUCAGAGCAGGACCCCGCAGAGCCUCCACCAGAGGUGGAGGAGGAGGACCUGGACCUGGACAGCGUGGAGUUUGAGAACCCGAGUGACAGUGGGCCAGAGCUCGAUGAUGAUGACAGCGUCCUGAGUACGCCCAAACCCAAACUAAAGCCAUAUUUCGAGGGUCUCUCCCUCUCCAGCUCUCAAACAGAGAUCGGCAGCAUCCACAGCAGUCGGAGCCACAGAGAGCCUCCCAGCCCGAUUGACCCAGAUAAAACAAAGUCCGGAGGAGCCAAAUAUCCUGAUGACAGCGUGUCUGAUAACAUCCCCUAUGAGCAGCCGGAGGCGGUGACUCCGACCACAGAGUUAGAGAUGGACAACAUGGACACGUUUUUAGAGCGGCUGCCACCGAGCGGCAAAAUGACCAAGACCGAGUCUCUCAUCAUUUCAUCCAACAGGCAGGAACCAAAGCUGGCAGGGAGGCGAGGCAGGAGCACGUCACUGAAGGAGCGCCAGGCCAGCAGGCCGCAGAACGAGAGGGCCAACAGCCUGGACAACGAGCGGUCCAUGGACACACGCUGCCACCUACAGAUCCCUAGAAAGACAGUUUAUGACCAGCUAAACCACAUCCUGGUGUCUGAUAAUCACCUCCCUGACAGCAUCAUUCUCAUCAACACGUCAGACUGGCAGGGCCAGUAUCUUUCAGACAUGCUCCAAAACCACCAUCUACCGGUGGUCUGCACCUGCACCACGGCCGACAUCCAGGCUGCGUUCAACACCAUCGUCUCCCGCAUACAGAGAUUCUGUAACUGUAACUCCCAGACGCCCAUCCCCAUAAAGAUCGCGGUGGCUGGAGCGCAGCACUACCUCAGUGCCGUCCUGAGGCUCUUUGUGGACCACCUCUCCCAUAAAACCCCAGACUGGCUAGGGUACAUGAGGUUCCUCAUCAUCCCUCUGGGUGCACAUCCGGUCUCCAAAUAUCUCGGCACUAUCGACUAUCGGUACAACAGUUUGUUCCAGGACGCUGCUUGGAGGGACCUGUUUCUCAAACCGGAGGCUCCUGUUGUCGCCCAGGAGAACCCAGACGUGGUGUCCAGGGUGACCCAGUACAUGUUGGGAGCCAACGGAGCUCACCAGCUCCCCAUCGCUGAGGCCAUGCUCACCUACAAACAGAAGAGGAAAAAGAGCUUUCAUUUUGAUUUUGCAGUAAGCCCUGAUGAGGACUCGUGUCAGAAAUUCAUCCCUUUUAUUGGGAUGGUGAAAGUCGGCAUCGUGGAGCAAACAUCUGCAACGUCAGGAGACUCUGAUGAUGCUGCACCUCUCAGCUCCUCGCUGCUCUCCUCAACCCCUCCUCAAGUCUCACCUGCACUCAAAGAGGCGUCGCCCACCCCUCCAUCGUCUCCAUCUGUCAACACCAGCUUCAGUGCGCACAGUUCUGCGGGUCAGGCGGAGCUGAUGGGGCUGCAGGUGGAUUACUGGGUGGCUCCCACAGAAAGGAAGAAAGACUUGGAGAAGCGGGACUCCUCCUCCAAAAACACUCUGAAGUGCAAUUUCCGCUCGCUGCAGGUCAGCCGGCUGCCACUAGGGGGCGCAGAGCCGAGCCCCCAGCCCACCAUGUCCAUGACUGUAGUGACCAAGGAGAAGAAUAAGAAGGUCAUGUUCCUGCCAAAAAAGAGCAAAGACAAGGAGGUGGAGUCCAAGAGUCAAGUGAUCGAGGGCAUCAGCAGGCUCAUCUGCACUGCCAAGCAACAGCAGACCAUGCUGAGAGUCCUGAUUGACGGCGUCGAGUGGAAUGACGUCAAAUUUUUCCAGCUGGCGGCACAGUGGUCCUCACACGUCAAACACUUCCCCAUCGGGAUCUUUGGACACUCCAAGGGCCCAUACUAGCAGCACCUAAGAGACUGAACCACUGAGGACAGCGCCCCCUUUACUUUCCCCUCGUGCCAACAGCUUUUAACCCCGCCCCCUCCAUUCUCUCCCCACCGCACACUUCUUCUUCGUCUUCUAUUCUGCCGUCUUAAUUUAAACUCCCGCUUUGUUUGAUUAUUUAAUCUUUUGCGUGUUUUUUUAAUUUUCUAUUUAUGUAAAAACGUCUGAAGACAAGAAUAUUUCAGCUUUUUAUCCUGCUGAUGUUUUAUAGACUUUUGAGGAACAUUAAUUCUAUGAUAAUUAGAAAAGACUUCUAACCUUUAACAUGCUGUACGAGCGCCCAGGUUUCACCCUAUGCCAUCGUGUUUUUUAUUUAAUAAGGCACAGCACAUUUAAUCCAGAUUAUAUGAAAAUAAGAGCAGCUGCCUUGUAACAAGGAGAAAAAAAAAGACCGUCAUCUUGUUUCAAACCAUAAAGAAGACGUUUUGGAUCCUCGAUUUCAGAGACUGUCGACUGAUUGUUAAAGACAAGAGAAAAGACUCUUUGAGGAAGUCUCAUGUGCAAUAGACUGAAAACUGUGUGAAUGAUGAUCUGAACAAAAACCUGGCACUGAUUUACACCCAUGUAUUCUUCUUUAUUUUUAUCCUUCUGUGCACAGGCUUGAGGAUGGAAGAGUUUUCCUCCAAAGUAUGCAAGUUUAUAAAAAUAAUUGUACAAAUCAAACCCUAAAUGGCACAAAAUAGUCAAAUAUUUGGACUGAAAUGCAAAUAAAACUUAACUUAGUCUAGCCUUUCAUUUGUCAACUAUUGCAGGCAAACUCCAUUACUAUGACUUAAAUGCACAAAAACAUAGCCAUCAUUUUGGUACCAGUGUUUUUAUGCAGCUACAGUGCUCUGAGAAAGUAUUUGCUCAUAUUGUGCAUUUUUCCACACUGUUUUAGAUCAUCAAACAUAUUUUAAUGUUAGACAAAGAUAACCUGAGUAAAUAUAAAAGUCUGUUUUUUAAUGAUGAUUUAAUAAUGGAAAAAAGCCAUCCAAACCUACCUGGUCCUCUGUGAAGAAGCCAUUGCCACUAAACCUAAGAACUGGUUGUUCCAUCCUUGGCAGCAACAAGUGCAAGCAUCUGUGGUAACUGUCAAUGAGGAAUUUUGUCCCACUGUCGUUUGCAGGAUUGUUUUCAUUCAGCAACAUUGGAGAGUUUUCCAUCAUGAACAGCCUGCAGCAUCUCAGUCAGAUUUAAGUCCGGACUUUGGCUAGACCACUCCAAAACCUUCAUUUAGUUUUCAGUCCAUUCAGAGGUGGACUUGCUGGUAUGUUUGAGAUCAUUGUCCUGCUCCAUAA